GGCGCCGCCAGCUCCCCCUGCCGGCGGGCGGCGGCGCCAUGGCGGAGCUCGGCGCUCACCUCACGGCCGCCCCGGCCGGCGGCGACAGGCCCUCCAUCUUCGAGGCGGUGGCGCAGGACAGCCUCAUGGCCGCCGUGAAGCCGGCCCUGCAGCACCUGGCCAAGGUGCUUGCUGAGUCUAAUCCUGCCCGAUAUGGCUUUCUCUGGCGUUGGUUUGAUGAGGUCUACAUCCUCCUGGAUUUACUGCUCCAGCAGCAAUAUCUGGCCAGGUGCAGUGCCUCUUUUUCUGAAAACUUCUAUGGCUUAAAGAGGGUAGCAAUGGGAGACUGCGAACAACAGUUGCUGGCCAGUGCUGGCCUGCCAAAGAAGCAGCACUGGCAGUCUCUCCUUUUGCUUGUUCUUGUCCCUUACCUGAAAGGAAAGCUAGAGAAACUGGUGUCCAGUCUAAGAGAAGAGGAUGAUUACUCCAUCCACCCUCCCUCAUCAUCCUGGAAGCGCUUUUACAGAGCCUUUCUAGCUGCCUAUCCAUUUGUAAACAUGGCCUGGGAGGGCUGGUUUCUUAUCCAACAACUGUGCUAUAUCUUCGGGAAAGCUCAGCAUCAUUCACCCAUGCUGCGGCUGGCUGGCGUUCGCCUGGUGAGACUGACUGCAGAUGAUAUCCAGGCCUUGGAGAAGAAAUUUGCAGUAGCCACUCCGAGUCAGCCACACAGCAUUAAGUCACAAGUCCAGACAGCAGUGAAGAAAGCAUUGGGUGGCAUUGCUUUCUCCCUGUCUACCGGGCUGUCUGUAGGUGUAUUCUUCCUUCAGUUCCUGGACUGGUGGUACUCCUCGGAAAACCAAGAGACAAUCAAAUCUCUGACAGCGCUCCCUACUCCUCCACCACCAGUACACCUUGACCAUGGGGUGGACUCAGCUCUGUUACCUAAACUGAAGACCAUGUGCCCACUGUGCCGCAAAAUUCGAGCCAAUGCCACUGUCCUGUCCACAUCUGGCUAUGUAUUUUGCUACCGCUGUGUGUAUAAUUAUGUGAAGACUCACCAACGAUGCCCUAUCACGGGCUAUGCCACAGAGCUGCAGCACCUUGUCAAACUGUAUUCCCCUGAGAGCUGAAAGGCCUGCUCCGUGCUUUCACAGAGAUGCAUCUCUGAGACUAAGUGGCAGGACCACUGGGUAGCAGUGAGCCUGAAUUUGCCUUUUCUGAUGUCUAGAGAAGGCUAUCGACCAUUACAACUUGUAAGUGAUCUCUAAAGCUCCUUUGAACCUUGCAGCACAUUAGAGUUUUGCUGCCUUGGUAAAUUUUGAUAAGGCUCCACCUCUUUUUUUUAGCCAUUCAAAGCAUCCCAUGACAAAGCUCCAGAGGCGUUAGACAGUCAUGAUCUGUCAGUGAGCGUAGAAAUGCCUUCAAAGGCAAACUGAAUGGGAAGAAACAAUGAUUUGGGUAGUAAGAAUGAAGAUGUGAGGGCCAAAGAGCACCACUGACAAAAGUCUUGCUUGAGGGCAUGCCCAACAAAUUGGAGAGCUACAAAAAACUGUCCAAGCAAGCUAUUUCACUCAUAGCAGCUUCACAGACUAGUACUACCUGCAGCAGGCUCUGGCACUAGUGCUUCUUAAAGACUUCCUUUUCUGAUCAUAGCAUUCUUAAGAGUCUCCAUGCAUUUUCAGGCUACUCGCCUCUGAGUUAAUGACAGUAUUACACCCCUAAUUCUCAUCAACAGUUCUAAACUAAGACUUUGACUCUCUAAACAAGAGGUGAUGUGUACAAACAAAGAUACAAGACCAGAAGGGAGGAAGACAAAAACCAGAUUAAAGCAGCAAUUGUGCCAGUUCAUGAGAAUAUAUUUUUGUUAAAUGUGUCCACAAAUGUAUUGUCAUCUGCUUUUAUAAAGCAAAAUUCUUUCUUGUUUUAGAA